AUUGUCUUCUUGCUGGAGAUAUGAUUCGCCAUGAAAGUAAGCCAAGUUGUUGCGCUAUUCUUUGCUUCGGUGGUACGUUGCCGACCAUAGAGUCAUAGACACGACAACAGUAUUAGAUUCCGGCAAAUGUAUUAACACUAACCCGAGCAAAGUGAAAGCCCAAAGCCUUAAAGCUCCAAACCCAAAGUGCAAAAGCAGUGGCCUAACCAUAAGCUACAUGGCCCUCACUCCUUAAUUUACUUAUUUGUCUUUAAUUGGUUCUCGCACAGGCAAGCCACUGCAUAACAUGCAACAAGCUAUCGAUCAGUCACUUCCCUAGUUCCCUUGCUGCAGUUGCGUUGCACCAGUACCACUCAACAAACCAAUGGAGAUUCAUCUUCAUCUCCAUUUCUUAGCGAUCCUUGUAGUUGUGCCGAUGUUGGGUAGCCCCGCCGCCGGUGGGCUCUGCCGCGACAGCUGCGGAGGCAUCCCGGUGCGCUACCCGCUGAGCAUCGACGACGGGUGCGGCAGCCCAUACUACCGCAACAUGCUGACCUGCGCCGACAACGCCACGCUCCGCCUCCGCACGCCGUCGGGCACGUACCCAGUCGUCGGCGCCGACUACGCGGACCCGCACCUCGUGGUGACGGACCCUUCCAUGUGGACGUGCGAACGGCCCUUCACCUCCGUCCGUGCCGCGCCCUUCAGCCUGGACACCAGCACCCGCUUCUCGUUGUCGCCGAGGAACGACUACCUCUUCUUCGACUGCGACGAGGAGCGCGUGAUCGUGGAGCCGCGGCCGGCGGUUUGCGACCGGUACCCUGAGCGGUGCGACUCGACGUGCGACAGCGCGGGGUACCUUUGCCGGAACCUGCCGGGUUGCCGGGGCGCGCUGGAGGAGAACAACAUGAGCUGCUGCGCGUACCGGCCGCGAGCGGCGGAGUCGCUGCGGCUGAUGCUGCGGCACUGCGAGUCGUACACGAGCGUAUACUGGCGCGCGGUCGGGGACAAGUUCCCGCCCUACGACCAGGUGCCGGCGUACGGUGUGCGGGUGGACUUCGAGAUCCCCGUCACGACGCGGUGCCUACAGUGCGAGGACCGGCGGCGCGGUGCGGGGGGCACGUGCGGAUUCGACCCGGUGACGAGGGACUUCGUCUGCAUCUGCAACGACGCUAGGAACUCCACCACGGACUGUGCAGCAUCAUCGGUGGGUGGCUCUGGAUGGCAGCGAGGACUGAACGACGGCGCUUCGGCGAAAAGCGACAGCUCUGGGAGAGAGAGGAGGCGACGACAUACUCACCAAUGGCGACGGCAACGAGAAACGGCAACGGGAGACGGCCAGCGACGGCAAACGAUAGCACGGCGGCGGGAACCGAUGACACCAACACGAAGAGGAGAGCAAGAUGGUCCUUACCGACACUUACACGACGACGAAAGGCGAAGACCGGCAGCCGGUGACGAGCUUCGAGCGGCGGCGAGAUCGGGACGACGGUGGCGACGACUUUACAACAAUCUCCGGUGGAGACGAGAGGGCGGCCGGGUUUCCCCUCACUGCUGCGAUGCCGACGGAGGCUGCGGCGAGGUCCGGCGACCACGGAGUCGAUGAUGGAUGGCGGCUGGAGAGGCAGCGGCAACGGCGGCUCUCGGGUUCACGUCGGCGAGUGGCUGCCGACGAGAUUUGGCGCAAGGGAAAUGGCGGCCGAGGUAGUCCUCGUCCUUGCGGAGCAGAUGGAGGUGACGGCAUAGGGCGGCAUGGCGCGGCUGGAGUGACGGCCGGCGGCGGAGAGAUGAGGCUAUGUCACAGCCUGAAUUUACGUUUCAGGAUUUA